UAUCCCCCCCCGUUCUGUAAAAUGGUACGAUCCGGGUCUCUGGAUCCUCUCCUGCAGUGCCACAUCGCGGUGUCUGUUCAGUGUGACUCGGAUCUCUUCAACGUCAGGAUCCAUGCUCAAGGUUUGAGGUUGCAUUGUCAAGAAACGGCUUCAGGAAAGAUUUUUGUGGGGGAGAAAGAGAGAUGAUAUAUUUUGGUUUUCGAGUGCGAGCAGGAGGGAAAAAAUGGGAUUGGGAGAGAAGUGAUGUUGAGAAGAACCUGCCAUGUUGAUGAGCUUGCUUUCCAGUUAUGAAGGUGUGGUUAAGAAGACAAGGAGUGAAGUGACAUUUAGAAAUAUUUUGGUUAUGUACACCCAUUGCAAGCUCGGUGCACCGGAUUUGUCCAAAUGAGACUUUAUCAUCAUUAUUAUUAUUAUUAAUAAUAAUAAUAAUAAUAAUAUAUUCACAUACAGGAUCCCAAACAUCUAGAAGUUGUUAGAAUGCUGGACUCCAAAACAAAGGACUUGUGCCGGAUCUGUGCGCGGGAGCUUUACGGUAACCAGCGUAGAUGGAUCUUCAACCCGACGAACAAGCUGAGCCUGCAGGUGUUGUUGUCGCAUGCCCUGGGCAGGCAAGUGUCCCGGGAUGGGCAGCGCGAGUUCUCCUGCAGCAAGUGCGCCUUCAUGCUGGACCGCAUGUACCGCUUCGACACGGUGAUAGCCCGUGUCGAGGCUCUGUCCAUCGAGCGGAUGCAGAAGCUCCUGCUUGAGAAAGAGCGUCUUCGCCAGUGCAUAGGGGGUCUGUAUCGCAAAAACAACCAGGAAGAAAUCGAAUCGGAAAUGGUCAAGUCUGGAACGGAGGCGUCGAUCGUGGAAACGCCGGCCCCGUCUGACUCCAAGUACAGCUCCCUGUUAGAAGAAGAUCUGACGUAUUCGGUCUACGAGUGCUGGGCUGAGAACGACUCUCAGGAACGUGGGGGUCCACACCAACAACAACAACAUCAUCCUCAUCAUCACUCCCACCAGUGCCAAGCAGGAUCAGAAGCUGGCCGGGCGCAGCACUCCAGAAAGUGCCGGGGAUGCACAACGUUGCGAGUGGCCGACUCUGAUUAUGAAGCGAUCUGCAAAGUGCCCAGGAAGGUGGGCAGAAGCACCUCAUGUGGCCCCUCAACCCGUUACUCUGUUAGCAAUCUGGCCAGCAUGGAAGAGGCAGAACCUGGAUCAGAACCUCAAGAGACUGCUGCUCCGUCAUCGAGUCUGACAGAGAUCAGUCAAACGGCUGAGGAAGAGAACACGAGUCUCAGCCCGGCCUCAUCGAUCGAGUCACUGGAUGCCGCGGGUGAGCCCUGCUCGCUAGUUCAUCCCGACCUUCUGCAGGAGAAAAAGGACAUGCUUCCGAUAUCCAUUACCGAGCAGAGCCCCAAAACAGGAGUGGAGCUAGCUCUAAGCCUGGUCAAAAGCUUCGAGUGGCGUCCAGUCCGUGUUUUCCGAGGCAGCCGACUUCCUGUACCGAUCAAACCUGUAGCCACCAACCAGAUCCUUCAAUCAGAAACCGACUGUCCUUUUUCUCUCCAUCCUCCUGACAUGGCUCCUCUCAGCAUCCAGCAGGAACUGCGUCUGGACCUGGCUGAGAUCGAGGCCCUCUGGAUGGACGAUUAUGUUCCAUGUGGACCUCUGGGCUUUCAGGAGAAGCUCAUUGCGGAGCAGCAGGUUCAGCUGGUGCAGUAUGAGAAUGCAGCAGGUCAGUGUGUGACUGAAUUGCAGAAGGCCCAGGGUCAGGUCCAGUCUCUCCAGGCCAAGAUCAGAGCGAGUGAAGCAAGCAACAAGGAGCUGCAGGAGCGACUUGGAGUUAUGGAGCUUGAUAUGUUGUCUUGCCGGGAGACUGUAGAAGGACAGGAGAGGACUAUCUUGACUCUAAGGGACUGCCUCAGCACCAAGGACAGCGAGAUUGCUGACUUACACCAGCUCGUAGACGAGCAGAAGCAGCUUUUGACUUCUCUGAAGCAGCAGAAAUUACAGACGUCCACUCCAGCACUUGAUCCACUACAGACCGAGCUAUUAGAGCUUCAGGCCUCUUUGUUUUCGAGCCAGCUGGAGCUUCAGGGCGUCCAAAGAACCCAGCGCCAGGCCCAGAGACGAGAGGACGAGCUGGCGCGUGCCAACCAGCGCCUUCACGCCGAUCUCCAGGGGGUUCAGGACCGUCACCGGGAAGCCCAGAAACACAAUCAAGAGCUGCUUGCUGGUCUGCAGAGAGCACGUUCAGACCUAGAGCAGAUGGCGGAGAAGUUGAAGGAGGGAAAGGAAGACAAAGAAAGAGAGUUGGAGGAAAGAGAAAGAACCAUCAGAGAGCUGAAGACCAAGCUACAGCACAAGGAACAGCUUUUACACGACUACACUGAACUGUUGGAUGGUCAGAAGGAAGGUGGCGGAAACAGGGACAUCCUCGUCCAUAAGCUCAAGCUGCGCAUUCAGGAGAGAGACCAAGCGCUGGAGCAUGCAGUAGACGAGAGAUUCAUGUGCGUGGAGCAGAAGGAGGUCGAGGUACGCAAGCUGCAGCUCCUCCUCAGGGAGAAAGAGAGGGACCUGCAGAAACUGCGAUGCGUGUUGUCCGGCAAUGAGGAGACCAUUAUGAGUCUGGAGCUAUUGGUUCAAGGGAAAUGUUUAGAGCUGGAACAGGUGAGCGAGGCCUGGCGAAGCAGCCAGCGUGGCCAGCGCGAGCGUGAGGACAGACACGCAAGCAGCAUGAGAGACAGAGACGCACUCAUCAGCCAGCUCCGGACAACAUUGCACACGCGUGCAAAAGAGGCCGAGGAGGUAACAGCUGCUCUGCUCAGCAAGGUGCCCCUGAGCUCCAGUGAGGUCGUGGAGAAGCUAAACGCUCAGCUGCAGACCAAGGAACGUCUUUUCCAGGAGCUACUAGCCGAGCACAACCGACAGGCCCAGGAGCACCACACACACAUCCAAGAGCUGCUGGACGCCAUCCGCACCCGGGAGCAAUGUAUCAAGGAUUCAGCAGAGCGCACCGGUCAGGUGAUAUCCGAGCAGGCGGUGCGUAUCCAGGAGCUGCGCAGGCAGGUGGUGUCUGCAGACAGUGCAUCAGCAAGUACAUCAGAGCCUCCAGAAGACCUACAGCUCCUCCAGGAGGAGCUCCAGCUGGUGCUUUCCAAAGAGAGACAGGCGCAAAGGGAGUUGUCCAUCCUGCGCUCCGCCUUAGCAAACACCCAAGAGCAGCUUCAGGCCCAGAAUGCACAGCUGCACCCUGUGAAGCAUACGGGUGAACACGAGCAUCUGGUAUCCAUGGAGACGGAGCAGACAGCCAGCUUGCACACUGAUACUGGAGACUCCACUUCAGAUGUAGAAGAGGAGGAAAAUGAUGCCAAUAGUGAACUUACAGAGAGUACUGAGGAAGAGGAGCAGUGUAGGGUGACAGCACAGGCUUUAAGCAACAUGCAGCAUGGAGGACCCGUGCUACAUCAGACUCCUGCAGAAGUGGAGGGUCAGGGGCUGGCUGAGAUAAAGCUGUUAGUGGAGCAGAAGCAGGUGGUGGAGCGAGAACUGUGGGAACUAAAGGCUCAGCUGGGGAAGGCCGGCUUUACUUCUUUUUCUCAGAUGAGGAAAGCACUGCUCAGUCUACGUUUAGAAAACGAAGCGUUCAGAAUGGCAGUAGAAAAGAACGAGACAGAUGAGGAAACGCACAGACUACCAGACGAGCAGAGAGGAAGAGGAGUACAGUGGCAGCCUCAAGCCUGUGAGAAACAAUGCAGCAAAAUGCUUUGUUUUGAUCCCGGAGCAUCGUUUUCCCCCUCCACACAGCAGGAGAGACGUACGGUGUCUAAAACCAGCAUCCCCACAGAGCAGCACCGACACUUCAGAGGACAGAUCAUGGAGACACCAGUGCAGCGUGACAGCAAGCAGGUACAGGUGGACCUGCAGGAUCUGGGCUAUGAGACGUGCGGCCGCAGUGAGAAUGAGGCUGAAAGAGAUGACACCAGUAGUCCAGAAUUUGACGAUCUCGACCUGUGCACGUCUCUCUCAUGCCGAGACGGCGCGUCUCAGUGGUGGGCUGGUCCGGGUGCGAUGGAGCAGGCAGAAGGUGAUGUUGCGUCUCUGCAACAGCAGGUGGAGGAUCUGCAGGUGGAGCUCUCUCACUCUCAGGCUCUGGUGCUCAGCCUGCAGGCUCGUCUUCAGGACACCACUCCGAACUCCACCCCCGGGAAGUCGACCCGGGAUGACAGGGAGCUGCGGGAACUGGUAACUCGGGUUUCGUCUCUGGAAGAACAGCUGAGGAAGGGCAAAGGUCAUGGUGAGCAGGGAGAGGAGAAAACCAAAAGCACCACCAGGACUGGGAAAUUUGACACGCUGAUCCAGGCCCAAGCUCGUGAGCUUUCUCACUUGAGGCAGCGACUGCGCGAGGGCCGGAGUGCGUGUCACAUCCUCAAUCAGCACCUGGGAGACACCACAAAGUCGUUUGAGGAGCUGCUGCGUGCCAACGACAUCGACUACUACAUGAGUCAGAGCUUCAGAGAUCAGCUCGCCCAGAGCUCAGCACUCGCCCAGAGAGUCGGAGCCAAGCUGAGCAGCCGGGAUUAUUCUGAAAUAGCGGACGACAAGACAGGUCAUGAACUGCUUGCGAUGCGUUUAAGCAAGGAGCUCCAGCAGAAAGAUAAGCUCAUCGAGUCCCUGCGUGCCAAACUUGAGCAGCAGCAGGAGCAAUCCGGUGAAGACACGCCAACCAGAGGCCACUCCAUCUCAGGAGACGCUGAGCAAUCAGAGCAUUCGUCCUUUGUCAUGGACGAGCAGGGUGAAGACCUGGACUUGUGUUCCGAACUGGACGCUGUAAGCGAGUUUGGACAAGAGGAGCAAGCUGAUGAACCUGAGCAGUCACACACAUAUCCAUCCAACGCUCCAUCGGUCACCUCUUCACACAGCCACCGGUCCACAAGCAGCUGUCCCAGCAUGCACUGCACCCCUCACAGACCCCCGGAUGGCCAAAUACAGACAGAGCCCAAUUCCACCCCUAUGCCCCAGAGCUCCCAAUUUCUCCCUGCUCAGAUGGCUUUUCUGCCAUUCGACCCCCACACACAACACCCAAGACCUCGUUCUAGCACCACAGGGGGCUUCUCUCUGGCUGAGGUUCACCAGGAGCUACAGAGGCUGCAGAGGCAGUUAGCCAACAAUUUUAGCGGUGCUCAGGUUAAACCCCUGUCGAGUGAUUUCCACCGGACUGCUCUUCACCUCCCAUCCCAGCAUGCCUUUCAGCAAUCUCCUUUCGCCAGCCUUCAUCCUAGCCCGAAUAUGACACAUGGCCCUAGAAGAGAAGGCUCUUACAACGAUGUUUCCUUAAGCUCCUCAGGUUUCCACUCUGGUGCACGCCACACAGGAACGGACUUGAUCGAGGAGCACCUGAGGGAGAUUCGCAGCUUCCAUCGCCGUCUUGAAGAGUCCAUCCAGACCAACGAACGUCUGAGACAGCAGCUUGCAGAGAGAAUAGGCUCCAAGAUACAGGAAGGAGGCGCUCCAACAAAUAUCUACAUCCAAGGACUUGACUCGGUCAGUCAGCUGUCUACUGAGGUUCGAGUCCUCAAAGAGGAGAAUCAGGCUCUCCAGAGUCGGCUCCAGCAGGCGAGCAGAGUGGAUGGCGUGAAACAGGCAGAGCAGUUGCGGGACGCGGUCUUAUUAGAGCGCUCCAGGCUGCAGCAGGCAGAGCUGGAAGCAGAAAAGUGGGCGGGGCAGUUCAGGCAGGUGCAAGCCCAAAUGAGAGAACAGACGAACGCAUUUCUGCAGCUGAAGCAGGACAAACAGGUCAUCCGGGAGAACGCGAACAGGCUCCAGCACGAAGUUCAAAUUCUCCAGCAGCAGCUCACUGAGAGCAGACGAGUCGUGCAUGCACUUCAGUAUGAACUGCAGAUAUACCACAGACUGCAUGACAGUAAAGAAGCAGACGUGCAGGAGCCGCCGUCUCACACGUACACGAUGGAGGAGACGCUAAAUGACCGCCUUGAUCCUGACGUGCUCCACUUAUCAGCUAGAAAACACAUUUUCCAUGACUCGCCUCGACCACCUCCAGUUCAGGAUGCAGGGCUCUUAACUCCAGCCUUAUUCUUCUCUGCUCAGCUUCAAGCCUCCAGACGUCCUGAGGGUGAGGGCCAAGACGGCUUGUUCGCAUGCAGGACAGGGUGUCAUGUUGUGGGCCACUGGGACGACUUCAGUCCCUUGCAGCAGCAGCUCCUGGAGGGCAAAGCGCUCAUCUGCAAGAUGGAGGCGACACUGCAGUCCGGCAUGGAGAUGAACCCGCAGGAGGGCUGUUUAAGGAGCAUGCUGGCCAGCACAAGACCUUCAAGCAGAUCCUGGAGGAGAUAGGGUCUGCCCUUAAAAUGUUCUGGAGGGCUGCUCUCCCUAACGCUGAGACACCAGAGCAUCAAAAGGAGCAAACUUUGAGAGAAGAAGUUGUCUCUCUGAGACAAAAGCUUGCUGAACAGGAGACGACCCUAAAGGAUACGUUUGAGACCCUGAGAAACUCCAAUCGUACCAAAGACAGCAUGGAGCAAUUAAUCGUCAGCCAACUGUCCAGGACACGAGACGUGUUGAAGAAAGCUCGCAGCAACCUUGAGGUCAAGUCUCGAACGCUGGAUUCGGUUCCUAUCCUGGACCGAGUAUCGUGACCGCCCCGGAUCAGGCCCCGCGCACAAAGUUCUCAUGGGUAACCCGGCGCUUUGGCCUUCAGCGCCCUCUACAGAUGUGCCCU